AUUUCGCUAAAAUGCUUGUGAAUGCAAUUCGAGCAUUUAAUUAAGUUCUGGCAGUGAUGAGCACAUAUUCCACACACAAACUAAAAAUAUAAAAAAUUUAUGAGAAUUUUGUUUACAAACAACUUAGCCAACUUAACCAAGUCAAUUAACAUAAAAUAUUGUUUUCCUCUUUCAAGGUGUGGUGAACGCAAUGAUGAGUCACGAAUUGUUGGCGGCCAAACUGCAGGAGUCAGUGAAUAUCCGUGGAUGGCGCGUUUAAGUUACUUCAAUCGCUUCUAUUGCGGUGGAACGCUGAUCAAUGAUCGCUACGUGUUAACAGCUGCUCAUUGCGUUAAAGGCUUUAUGUGGUUCAUGAUCAAGGUCACGUUCGGUGAACACGAUCGUUGCAACGAUAAGGAACGCCCCGAAACACGAUUUGUACUGCGCGCCUUUAGCCAGAAGUUCAGCUUUUCUAAUUUCGAUAAUGACAUUGCACUAUUGCGUCUCAAUGAUCGUGUGCCCAUAACAAGUUUUAUCCGACCCAUUUGCUUGCCACGCCCAAUUGAACGCAGUGAUUUAUUUGUUGGUACAAAAGCAAUUGCUACAGGUUGGGGCACUCUAAAAGAAGAUGGUAAACCCUCAUGUUUAUUGCAAGAAGUCGAAGUGCCAGUACUGGACAAUGACAUCUGUGUAGCUCAAACGAAUUACACUCAAAAAAUGAUCACUAAGAAUAUGAUGUGUGCUGGUUAUCCUGGAAAAGGUGAACGCGACUCUUGUCAAGGUGAUUCUGGUGGUCCGUUAGUGCGCAUGAGACCUGAUGAUAAGCGCUUCGAACAGAUUGGCAUUGUGUCGUGGGGAAAUGGUUGCGCAAGACCUAACUAUCCAGGUGUAUACACUCGAGUAACGAAAUAUUUAGACUGGAUAAUGGAAAAUUCUAAGGAUGGUUGUUUUUGUGACGAAGAUUUUUAAAUAUAUUAAGAAAAAAUAUUUUAAUUUAUAUUUAAAAAAAUGGAAUUUAAA